GUUAAUUAUAUACAUUUUCCGGGAGUGUUAACAUUAUUUCUGUCGGUUGAAAGGUUGUCACUUGUGUUUUGUUCCUACUUACUAGAAGAUCAAGAAUGGAGAUCGUACCACAACAUCCGCUGCUACACUUCACUCAAGAAGAUGUUAAAGCAGCUAGAGCAAUGUAUGACCAAGAUGCCGAGAGACUAAACGAGGGCAUAGACGCCAUAAAAGAAUGGAUGGAGAAGCAGGCUCAUCUUGCUGAGAGCAGUAAAUACAUAACUCGGGACUUUAUUGAGAGAAUGAUACUGUUAGCAAAAGGAUCAAUAGAAGUGGCCAAGAAGAAAAUCGACAGGCUAUUUACAGUCAGAGCCAUGUUACCUGAUAUGUGUUUACAUAGGAAACUUGGAGAAUUCGACAAUUUUCUUAAAGGAGUAUCUGUAGUUCAUCUGCCAAAACUUAAUCCCGAAGAAAGAUCUCGAGUAGUAAUUACCAAGAUUUUGACAGACAACAUUGACAAUUUGAAUCUGAUAGAUUAUUGCAGAUACGGAAAUAUGAUUGGAGAAUACAGAGGGAAUCACGACUAUAAUAUAGGAGAGAGAUUCAUUGUCGAUUUGAGUAAUGUUUCUAUUAUAAGUAAAAUGAAUCCUGUCGUAAUAAAAAAUUUCGAUUCGCUGGGUGAAAUCUACAACUUCAAAGUGAAGGGUGUACACGUGGUUAACGGACCUCAGUAUGUUGACACGCUUGUCAAUUUGUUCAAGUCAGUUACAAGGGAGAAGGUGUCGAGCAGAAUACACGUACAUAAGUCCUACGAAGACCUUCAUAAAUACAUUCCUAAGGAGAUCCUUCCUGUAGACUUUGGUGGAGAUGAACCGCCGCUAGCUACGUUGGCUGAAAAAUGGAAAGAACUUAUAAAAACGCCAGAAUUUCAAGAAUGGAAUGAAAUGCAAGAUAAACUAGUCAGUGACGAGUCAAAAAGGAGUUCUACCAAUCACAAUGAAGAAUAUUUGGGAAUGCCGGGUUCUUUCAGAAAAUUGAACGUAGACUAAAGUGUACUU